AUGUCCCCUGCACAGGCGCUCGCCGAUUCGAUUUCAGCUCUUCAUCCGAAUACCGAUCAAUCACACCCGACCUCAUCCUACACUGCGACACCCGCCAUGAUCGCUUCGUCAUCCAAAACGAGGGAACAAGAUCCCUCGCAUUCAAGCUACGAGAUACCAUACGACCAAGCAUCGUCCAUUAGCUCUUCAAGCUUCUUAUCUCCUAUCACUCCCCAGGUGCAAUCACCGCUACUCAGGGCGCCAUCAGAGAUCAUACAGAAAGUCCUCUCAACAUCAGGUGGAGAAGAAGUACAUGCAAUCGCUUCAGCCGCUAAAGUAUGUAAGGAGCUGAGGUCGAUGAUAUAUGAGAACCCAGAUCAAGCACUAUGGCGCCAGGUCCUUGUGCAGCAUUACGAUGAUCCCCGUACAGCAGCAGCGUUCCCUGUACCCAGAUCAUCGUCAAGUAUAAAUUGGAAGAAGAACGUGCAGCAUAGGGAGCGGGUCAGGAGGAUAUUCAGUGAUUGGGCAGAAGACAAGCUGAAUCAGGUGAAACAGCAUAUUGACCUAAUUAUACCAACCCUACUGAACAUGUACCUCGACAUAUCCCCAACAACCCCAUCCUCUGAUCCAAGUACAGCGGAUGAUUCCCCCAAUUCCACUCUUCUAUCCACCUGGCUCCGCUCCUCGUUAUUCAAACACAUUUACGAAUCGCAAUACUUCACCGAACCCGAGCCCACCACCUCCUAUCAACUCCGAUCAUCGCCCAAACGAAUCAAGAGGAAAACCGUCGAAUCGGUGAUAUCCCAACUACAUUGCUUGAUACCGCCAGCGUACGACGAUGACACAAGGGAAGACAGAGAAUGGAGGGGUUUCAUGAGGCGGACUGUCUACAAUGCGAAGAAUUUCGAAGAGGAAAAUGAUUAUGGGCCUUUCACGCCGGAUGGGAAGGUGAAUUGGGAACUGAUCGAUGCGAUAAGCUCGGUUAUGAUGUGCAACGCCCAAGAGCUGAUCAAGGGCGAUCCUACCGCGUGGCUACCUGCUGUACAACCCCUAUCGUACGGCGUAGAACCAGUAAGAGGAUGGGGAUACACUGAUCUGAAAAGACCGGAUAGUCUUGCCGAUGGGCAGGUCUGGGAUUGGGCAGGAAUAGAAGGGACAUGGUGUGGAUGCUAUGCAUUCAUGGAUUACGUUGAUUGGGUAGCGCUGAACUACCCUCAAUCAGCAUUCCUUCAUCGCCUCAGCUCCGAGAUCGACCUUUCGCUGUAUCACGAAGCGUUAGGUGAUUUAAUGCAGUUGGACCUGAAAAUCUGCAAUGACCCCUACAGCAGUAAUCCUAGAGAAAACAGGUGUGAAUAUCACGAGUUCACUACCGACAGAUUCCCUCAGCCUUUACCUUCCAUGGAAACUGAUUUACCAACAUCAAGCCUUCUUCCUCCGCUCUAUUUCCAUGGCUCAUCCGUGCCCUACGCAGGUGGAGAAGCUCCCCCCUUACCUCAAAAUGCAAUCAGAGGUGUGGUGACACUGACGGCGGACGAUCCACCUCAGGUCAGAUGGACCAUGAUCAUAAGGUAUAGAAACGAGGAUAGAUGGAGGCUAGAGUGUGUACAAGUGGGAGGAAGAGGUUCGAAGAGGGGCUUUUUUGGGAUCUGGUCAGACGCCUCGAGGGGUGAACAAUCACCUUGUGGACCGGCUUGGUACUGGAAGGUCUAG